AAGCCACUCCCAGGAUUCGACCUGGCCAAUACCCCGCCGUAUCCGUGGCGGCCGUGGAGGGCAGGAAAGUUCCACAUGACAAUGGGACUGCGUAAGAUGCCCGAGGAGGACUGGCUUAUCCUCGACAACUUGUAUGAGAAGGAACAAGAAUUCCGAAGGCAUCUCCUAGAGACCAAUCGAAACGGGGUAAUGCAGGUACUCCCAGUCGCGGAAGAGGCAUGCCAGGAAACGUUGGAAUAUAUCGUUGCCUUCUUGACACGGCGCUUUCCUUCACAGUUCCAACGCCCAAAGGGGAAGCCCGAUUACAUACAUAAUUUGAUAACGAAUAGGACUUUCAGGAUCACAGCUCCUUAUGAGGAGCAUCCACUGGCAGUGGCAGCUCAGCUCGUAAUGGAAGAUAUCAAUCUGUUGCUGCAGGGAGAGGGGGACGACCCCAACCAGUACUACUUAUGCGCCAGUUACUCCAUGGGCCCAGCAGGGUGGUAUCUCGAAGAACGGAUUGGCUGGCCCUUGCACAAGCUUCAUCACCCGGUACCGAUGUGGCAGGAAAAGCUGAGAAAAGCAAUGGAGAGGUUCUUUCUAACACUCCAAGUCUCCAAGCCGGUGCAGAGAAACAAUUUUUUCACGCAGGCGAACGAUACCAUGUUCCAACAAGAACCGUUCCCGUCCUCGAUGACCCCACCUCCGCGGGUGGAGGAUAUUCGCAUCAGAUACGAGCGCCAGACGUUGCGCCGCCUGCCGCGAAGCAACGCCGUACUGUUCAUGGUGCGUACCUAUUUCCUCCCGGUCGUUGACCUGCUGGACGAGAAAGAGAGUCUGUACGCCUUCCGCGAGGCCGUCAAUGCCUGGCCACCCGAGAUGGCCACAUAUAAG